AUGCUGCUGUUAAAAUGGCACGGGCAGUUGGUGCUGCUCAACUUCCUAAUGUUCAUGUCGUGGCGGCCAUGUCGGGGACUGCACGUUCCCAGCUACGGAGCGAACUUUCGCACCAGUCCUACGAGGCGAUCGUCAGAAGGUUUCUCCGGAGGUGUAUCAGCGUUCGACGAUGAUUAUGAACUGCCACCGGCUAGGGCUCUCGCGCAGGAUCAACGUCGUGCGAAGCUGACGACCAUCUCGAAUCCAGAUUUUUACUUCCCACCAGAUCCGGAGGCUGACCUAGCUGAUGACGAAGUUCCGACGUCGGUCCUGGAGCGUCAAAAGCCUCGCCCGUCUGCGGCUGGAGCUGCCUUCUCCUAUAACGAAAAGGACAAAAAUGGACCCUCACACUGGUCGCGAGUGGAUUUACGUUGCGGAGGACGUUAUCAGAGCCCUAUUCUGCUCAACACCUCCAGCGCUCGAUUGGUUAGCCGUAAAAGGCCACUCCGACUGGAUGGUCAAACCAACCUGCCACAAUCGAUCCUCCUGCAGAACGAUGGUCACUCGGCGAAGUUCACAUAUAACUGGCGCAAUGGAGAUCGGCCCGUACUGCGAGGUGGUCCGCUCAAGACGAAGUACCUGUUCGAGCAGUUCCACUUCCAUUGGGGUGCGAACAGCACGACUGGUUCAGAACACGUGUACGAUUACCAGCGCUAUCCAAUGGAGGUCCAUCUGGUGUUCUACAACGGGCUGUAUCAGUCGUUCCAGGAGGCUCGCGAGCAGGUCGACGGCAUCGCCGUCGUGGGGCUGUUCUACGAAAUCUACCAGCACACAGUCGAUGAGCGGCUCAACACGUGGACACGCUUCCUGCGCCACGUGAUCACACCGAAUAGCGAGUACACGAUCCCACUGAUCGACACCUUCCCACUAUACGGACUAAUCGGGGACGUCGAAUGGCCGUACUUCUCGUACGAGGGUAGCCUUACAACGCCACCAUGUCUCGAGACGGUCACCUGGAUCGUGGCCACUAAACCACUGCUGGUGACGGAACGCGAGAUGCAGCAGUUCCGUCAGUUACGCUCACCGACCGGGCGAAUGGUGAACAACUAUCGGCCAGUGCAGAAGCUCAACAACCGUCGUGUGUUCCUGUACUGAGACGACCGGUAUCGGACUCACGGACGUAUCCGGCGCGCAAGCACGCGCUCGGAACAAAGGAACUGACUAGCUCAUCUUCAUCAUUCCGCAGCGAAAACCAAAGGAACGCCAAUCUUAGUGUUAAGCCCGCCCAGUGGCACCUUAUCGUUACCACCUCUACGCCUCAGCGCGUGUUCAACG